AUGCGCAAGUUGCACCUCGGUUCCAGACAAGACGCGGCUCACUCAGGGCCGGGCGAAGAUCCCUGGUGGCAGUACAUCGCUGCGCAGGUGGAGAUUGAGCAGCGCGUCGCCGCCUCGGGCGAGCUGGCCCAGCGGCUGCUGCUGCCGACGGCGCACUCAUCCCCCGUGCCUGAAAACAAGCACAGCUGGGUCCUGGAGCCGCGCUCGCGCCUCGAGGCGGGCGUGCCGCCGCGGCUGCUGGCGGUCCUCAGAGAGGCCUUUGGCGACAAAGUUGUGCGGGGGUCUGCACCUGUGCAGUCGGCGGCCAGGCAAGCUGUGGACCGCGAAUUUGCGGGGUUCACGGCGACCACCAGGGGCUUCAAUGUGGGGGCCGCACUGGCCAUGGUGACCUCGCGCCUGGGGCACACCCCGCCUGGCGCGGCCGGCAAGGCGCGGUUGUGGCUGGACCUCGCCCAGUUUGAGGCGGUCCUGUUGGACGAGGUGGUGCGAAGGGGUGUGGUUGCCAACGGCGCCCUGCCCGCCAAGCUGCUCGCUGACCUGGGGCCGGCCGCCGCGGCGGCGGCAGCAGCAGCGCGCAGCCCGGCCGCCGGGACGCGCGCCGGCGGUGCGGCGGCGGCGCUGUCAGAGGGGGAGCUGCUGUCUCUGCGCUGUGCGGGCGCUUUUGCCGCUUGCCAAGAGGCGCCGCUCGACGAGGCCUCGGCCCGCUGCGCGCGGCUGGCCGCGGCUGUUGCGGCCGCGGACGCGGAGGGUCUGCUGUCCGAGGCCGAGGCGGCGCGGUGCCGCGCGCUGCUGGACAUGUCAGUGGCGCUGCUGCCUGCGCGCUGGGCGGCGCUGCCGGUGCCUCUCGGGGCGCCGGUGGCGCUGUACGAGCGCGGCCCCCUCAGCACGAUCGACUACCCUGGGGCGGCGCAGGAGCACCAAUCCGCGCUGGAGGGGAGCAUUGACCUGGCCAUGGCGCUGUUCCGCCGCGCCCCUACAGCCCUGCUCACCGCCCGCCGCCGCGGCCGUGGCCCUGGCUCUGGCCCUGCUGGCGCGUGGCUGUCUACCCUGCGCCGCUCCACCUUCAGCUUCUGGGCUCAGAAGCUGGCCGCUGACAAGGACGCGGCCGGUCUGGAGGGCUUGGUUGUGGAGUUUGGGCGCGGCAUCGGCACAUGGGGGGACGAGGAGGACCAGCGGGCAGAGAUGAAGGCGCUCGACGAGGCCGUGGCGUCGCUGCUGAUAAUCCUGGGCACCCAGCUGGAGGGGAGCUUGGACCUGGCUCUGGCGCUCUUCCGCCGCGCCCACGAAGCCGACAUCUCCACCCGCGGCCGCGGACACAGGCCCGGCCCCGGCUUUGGCCCUGGCGCGUGGCUGUCUACCCUGCGCCGCUCCACCCUCAAUUUCUGGGCUCAGAAGCUGGCCGCUGACGGGGACGCAGCCGCGCUGGAGGGCUUGAUUGUGGAAUUUGGGCGCGGCGUCGGCGUGUGGGGAGACAAGGGCGGCCAGCGGGCGGAGAUGCAGGCACUCGACGAGGCCGUAGCCUCGCUGCUGAUAAUCCUGGGCACCGAGCUGGAGGGGAGCUUGGAUCUGGCCCUGGCGCUCUUCCGCCGCGCCCCUGAAGGCCUCGCCUCCACACGCGGCCAUGGACACGGCCCUGGCCCUGGCUUUGGCCCUGGCGCGUGGCUGUCUACCCUGCGCCGCUCCACCCUCAACUUCUGGGCUCAAAAGCUGGCCGCUGACGAGGACGCAGCCUCGCUGGAGGGGGUGGUGGUGGAGUUUGGGCGGGGCAUCGGCACAUGGGGUGAUGAGGACGAACGGUGGGCAGAGAUGCAGGCGCUGGAUGUGGCAGUGGUGGCCCUGCUGAGAGUGAUGGGCGCAACACCCGCAGGCACGGGCGGCGGCGACCGCGGCGACACGGGCCCUGCCGCCGCCCUGCGCCUCCUGCCCUUGCCGCCCGGGCCGCUGCCGCGCACGGGACACCACAUCAUGAGCGAGGCGUGCCGCGUGGCCGGCAGCCGCAGCGGCAGCGGGGGCCUCGACGCGGCGCGGGAGGCGCUUGCAGAGGCGACGGCGGCGGUCGCAGGGUGGAACAGAGCGCACAUAUGUGAUGAGGCCGCGGGCCAGCUGGACGCAGAGCUGACUAAUCUCUUGGCAGACAGCCAGAAGGAGCAGGAAGAUGGGUCAGGACAGGGCAGCGAGAGGGCGGCCCGGGCGCUCAUCAUCGCUCGCGCAUACGAGCCGCUCGGCCGCCACCCCUCCCAAGAAGCGGCGCAGGCGCUGCUCCUUGCCGCGCCCCGCCUGGCGCCGCUGGUGCGGCUGGUCCGCCGCCGCGGCGCCCGCAGCGCGGUGCUGUCCGCGACUCUCGUCAGGGCCGCGGCUGACGUCGGGCGGCAGGAGCUCGGUGUGCAGCUGCUGCGAACCGCCUGGCGCGGCGGGCAGCUGGCUGGCACGCGCCUGAGCGAAGCCCUGUCCGAGCUGGUUGUUGGUUUCUCGCGGCAGCGCGAUCAUGCGGGGGCGCUGCGCAUGUUGCGCCUCGCGCAAACCGGGGAGCUGGGGCAACUGCCCGGCACACGGCGGCCGCCGCUGCCAGGCGCACCCGUGCCGCUGCCGGCUGAAGCUGUUGCGGCGCUGGUGGCAUGUCUCACAGCUGCCAAGGCACGUGCCUCGUCGACGGCGCCGGGGCCGCCGGCCGCGGCGGUCAUGGAGGCGUUUGACUGCUUAUGCCAGACGGCCGGCGGCGACGGGGCGGCUGUCGGUCUGCUGGAUGGGGCAAUGGUCGACGGAGUGCUGGCGGCCUUGGCUCAGCAGGGCAACCACGAGCGCGCCUGGGCCCUCGUGGCCGCCGUAGGUGGCCCCUGCACUUACAAAGGCGCCGGCGCCCUCGCCGCGCUCACGGCCGCGUGGGGUGCGCUGCCCGCCGCCGCUGCCCAACCACCAACGGCCGUCUUGCAGACCGCGGCGGAGGAAGCAGCGGCGCACGGCGCGGUGGCCGACGCGCGGCGCCUGCUCGGCCUGCUGGCACGCUCAACGGGUGGCGCGGGCGGCCCUGAGGCCGCCCUGGCGCUAAGCGACGAUGCGCUCCACUCGUACCUCCUGGCUCACGUGGCUGCCGGCGACCUCGGCCGCGCCACUGUGCUGGCGUCGGCAAUCAGGGACGGCGGCCGCCCACUGCCGCCGCAGACUUGGGCAGAUGUGCUGCGCAGUUGCAGGGCCGGCAGGGAGGAGCAGGCCACGGCCAGUGAGCUGUGGCUGAUGGCGCACGAGAGCCUGGUCGCAGAGGCACAAGCGGCGAUCGCUGACGCGGCGCGAGAGGCCAGGGGAGAUGGCGGCGGGCGCGCCGCCGCGCUGGGUCGGGCGCUGGAGUGCGCUCUGUCUUCGGCAGCAGUUGACGAGGACGGCUUUGCUGCGCGUACAGCCUGUGCAGCCUCUGCCCGCGCAACCGCCGCCGCGGCAGCGGGGCAGGAGGACGCGGCACGCGAGCAGCUGCGUCUCGCGGCCGGCUGGCAGGCCAUCACAUGCGCCGCGGCCGAGGUGCGGCUCGAGCUUGCCGCUUGCUGCGCCAGUGCCGCCGCAGACGCCCCAGACCAAUGGUUCCGCCUGCCCAACGGCGCCAGCGGCUGGUGUGAGGCGCAGCGGCUGGCGCUGCUGCUGUGCUCGGCUGCGGGACUGCACGCGGCAGUGUUGGAUCUGUACCAGGAGUACCGGCAGGCGGUAUGGCGCUUGGAUCUCGAGGACGGCGUGCUGGAGGCGGCGCUGGUGGCGGCCACUGCAGAACCGGAGCUGGUGUUUGGUUCCACGGCCCCAGCCUCUAUUCUGGUGACCGCCCAGAAGCUCUGCCCAGAUGGCGCCACCUGGGCGCCCCGCAGCCCGGCCGCCUGGCCCGCCUUUGUCCGCGCCCGCGCCAGCGACGGCAAGAGCGCGGCUGCGGCGGCGAGCGCCGGCGGGGCAUCUGUCGUGAUUGAGGGCUUAGAGCAGUUUUUGUUGGAGGGAGGGGCGCUGUGGGUGGCGGGGUCGGAGGAGUUGCAGGGAUUCCCUCCAGACGCAGUGGAGGGUGGUAUGGAGCUGCUGGCAGACUGCGCGGUCGCAGAGCCGCAGGCCGCCGCGCGGAUGGCGCGCCGCCUGCUCGCGCUGUGCGAGUUCCGCGGCGCCCCCCUGGGCACGGGCCGGGCCAAGGUGCUGCUGCCGCGCCCAGAGUCAGCGUUUGACUUUGUGGCGGCGCGCGAAGAGCUGCAGCGCGCUCUGGGGUGA